AUGGCCGCCGUAGCUACUCCUGCUGGGGGAUUUACUGUUGUGACUCAUACAACCCCACAACAUGCACAGCAGCCAACUAGUGGAAUUGCGCCAACCGUCGACCAUCAUAAAUUCCUGAUUGGAAAACCAAUGGCCCUGGGGACGGUUCAAAUAAUGAUCGGUGUGGUUGUACUGCUGUUCGGUGUGGUGACUGCAUUUAAUGCACAAACUAUUUCCAUCUUCUCUGGUGUCAUGUUCUGGGGAGCAAUCAUUUACAUGGUCGCAGGUGGACUCACUGUGGGAGUCAGUAAGUCCCCGAAUUUGUGCUUGGUCAGAGCAUCACUGGGGAUGAACAUCUUCAGCACCAUCGCUGCAGGGAUUGCCAUCAUUCUGCACAGUAUUGAUUUCGUUUUCAUCGGCGGCAUCUUCUACUAUGACUGCCGUGACUCCCAAAGCAGGGCACUGGGUAUUGCUGGUGUGAUGCUGGUGUUGUCACUGCUGCAGUUCAGUGUCUCCAUUUGUGUGUCAGCCUUUGCCUGCAAAGCCACCUCCUGUUGCACCGAUACUCAGCAGGUGAGAUACAUUCCAAGCCAGGCAUAGUCCUCUAUUCCAACGACCCAUCAGGCUGCCGCUUCACCAAACCCUCA